UGGGGCCUUAAAUAUUUGUGGCAUAAACCCUAGAGCCGCCCUUGGUGAGGUUUGGAGCAAAAGCAAAAAUGGGGAAGAAGAGAGAACGACUCACAAAUCCAGAACCUUUUCUUGAAGAUGAUGAUUCCAAAUCCAAAGCCUCCUCUAAAAAACGCUCCAAAGCUCCUAAAUCCCACCAGCAGCAACAACAGGUUAUAUCGUCUAGCAUGAGCUCAAAAAUAUUGAAGGAGGCAUUACUUCAGCAGAAGGAGGUAGAUGAAGAGGAGACUCGAGAGAGAAAUCCUAACGCUCUAGUUUUCGAUGAGGAUGUUGUUGCAACUAAAGCUGUAGAGGAGGAAGACGAUGACGACAUUGAUAAUUUUGGUGGGUUCAACGAGACCCUAAGCCAAUAUGGUGAUUUGGAGGAUCAAGUUAAUGAAGAGGAGGUGAGGCUAGUUGAGGCUUUUCUGUCUGCAGAUAAUCGCCCCGAGCUCACAUUGGCCGACAUCAUUAUCGGAAAGCUCAAGGAAAAAGAUGCACAAGUUUCUUCAGAAGUGCAACCAAUGCCCAAACUGGAUGACUCGAUCAUUGAGUUGUACAAAGGUGUUGGCAAGCAUCUUAGCAAAUACACUUCAGGAAAGAUGCCUAAAGCGUUCAAACACAUUCCUUCGUUACAAUAUUGGGAAGACGUUCUAUAUUUAACAGAACCUGAGAAAUGGUCACCAAAUGCAAUGUACCAAGCCACAAGAAUAUUUGCUUCAAAUUUGGGUGUCAAGAAGGCAGAGCGCUUCUACAAGUUUGUCUUGCUACCACGAGUUAGAGAUGAUAUUCGCAAGAAUAAGAGAUUGCAUUUUGCUCUGUAUCAGUCUCUGAAGAAAUCUCUUUAUAAGCCUGCUGCCUUCAAUAAGGGAAUCUUGUUUCCUUUAUGUGAGUCAAGGACAUGCACCUUGCGGGAGGCUGUCAUCUUCGGCAGUGUUAUUGAGAAGGUUUCCAUUCCACAUCUUCAUGCUAGUGUGGCACUGCUGAAGCUUGCAGAGAUGGAGUAUUGUGGCACAACAAGUUAUUUUAUCAAGUUACUAAUUGAGAAGAAAUAUGCUUUGCCCUAUCGUGUACUUGAUGCCAUGGUAUCACACUUCAUGGGCUUCUUUGAUGAAACAAGAGUCAUGCCUGUGAUCUGGCACCUGUCACUUCUUGUAUUUGUGCAGAGGUACAAAACUGAGUUGAGAAAAGAGGACAAAGCUAACAUAAGAGCACUUGUUGAAAGGCAAAGACAUAGACUGAUUACACCCGACAUAUUGAGGGAAAUUGAUAAGAGCAGAAGUCGGGGGGAAAAGGAGGAUGGUGCUAUGUCAAUUGAUAUCCUCUCAUUGAUGGUUUUAAUCUUUCAGCUUGAGCUUAAUUUGGUUUAUUUGUGCUGUCACCUGCUAUUUCCAUAUCAUAGAGGGAUUCUUAAUGUUGUAAAAAACUGCGGAUGAAACAAAAAGUCUUUAAAUCUU